UGGAAAACUCAAGAUAUCUCCUACACAAACUAUCUCCAGAACUCGAAAUAUCCCUCUUUAAUGACAUGUUCGCCAACAUUCAAGACCUAACAACCAAAUUUUAAGAUUGGAAUUGAACGCAGCAUAAAAGUUAAUUUCUUAGAGUGAGGAACUUCACAAUCGCAUUUCUUAGUAAAAAAUCGAAUAUUAUAGUUGAUUACAGUGAUGUUAUUAUAGGAAUAAUAUAAUUUUAAGGGUUAUAUUUUUAAAAUAUGGCAGAUCGUUUAACACAAUUGCAAGAUACUAUAAACCAGGCGGAACAUUUUUGUAACAGCGUAGGCAUUUUACAACAAUAUUCAACACCUAGUAAAUUUCCUGGUUUUGAUCGUGUUGGAACACCUCAACCGCAUCAACCUCAAGAAGAUUAUGCAGCCUUGUUUGCAACGCUUAUAGCAAGGUGUGCAAAAGAUAUUGAUACCUUGAUAGAAAGUUUACCGAGUGAAGAGUCAUCACAAGAACUACAAGUCGCAAGUCUUAACCGUCUUGAACAAGAAAACCAAGAAGCUGGCGAACAACUAGAGGAAGUUGUAAAGCAAGGAGAAGCACUUUUGCAAAGGAUUCAAGCUGCUUUGCAAGAUAUUGCUCAAAGUCAAUUAGAUAUGCAGGAUCCAGCAUCUACGUCUAUAAUUAAUAUUAAUCUUAACACUAACUCAACUUUUAAACAAGAAAAUGUAAGCUCUGUAAAUACCGUAUCUUCGAAUAGCACACAUCAAUUGUCAGAUCCUUCACCUAAUUCUGUAAAUCAAUGAUAUAUUUGUACUAUAAUUUGAUUUUUUGAUAAAUUUAUAAAAGAAAUAAAUUUUUCUAAUAGUGUAAACAUUGUCAAAAUAUUAAAAUUAUUAAAUAAAUCUUAAAUAUAUGUUUUAUAUUUAUAUUUCUGUUUUAUUAUAUAUCUGUUUUAUAUUUAUAGAUAGCAAAAAAUUAGUUAUAUGAAAUGUCACGUCCUGCGCCCCGCGCGAUCCGUAGCGUGAAAGUAAAAUUGGUAAUUUCUUUCAAAUCAAGGUGAUUUAAAACGUUUAUUUGAAACUGUGUAUACAGUAUUUGAAGUGAAAGGCAGUUAAAGCCGUUAAAAGCUAUAUCUUGCUAAAACUUACCUAUGUUUUUAUAUUUACCUACUUACUUUUUUAUAACGAUAUUAAGACGAUUUAAAUUGUAAACAAAGUCGGUAACAUAUUAUAACGAUAAUAAGACAUAUAACGAUAUUAAGACAAUUUAAAUUGUAAACAAAGUCGGUAACAUAUUAUAACGAUAAUAAGACAUAUAACGAUAUUAAGACAAUUUAAAUUGUAAACAAAGUCGGUAAACAUAGUUGAACAAACGUUGGGGAUCUUAAACAUGUUCAAAAGAAAGACCUCAACGUUUUUUCAUCUUCGACAGAUAUAAAUAAAUGUAGCGACUCAGAAAGUCAGUAUAUUAAUUAUCGCUCGUCAACCGAAUAAUUAGUAAUAAAUAUAAUUGUGGAGAGUUAGUUAUCAUUUUGUGUAUCAAAGAAUUAGUUAUGAUUUUGUCAACCGAAGAAUCAUCAUUUGGUCAACUGAAGAAUCAUCAUUUUAUCAACCGAAGAAUUCUAUAUCCGUCAACCUGUCAGUCAAUUGUCUAUAUCGAAAUCGAAUACAUAUAUGUACAAACCUGGAGUGUAAGUGGGGUAAUAAGACGUUGAAUUUUAGGGGCUUUCGACCGCUGUGGUUUACCCUCUUUUUGAAUUGGUCGUUUCACAACGAAUCGACGGACAUCAUCUUCCUUGGAUAAAUUAAACAACUUGCGAAUUUUGCUCGCCCUCUUGGGUCCCAAUCGCCGUGGGACUUCCUUGUCAGUUAAAUCCGGGAUAUCCUGUAAAAAUUUAAUCAACCUCUACAUUAACUGCUUCGCUGUACACUGAGAAAAAGUGCCAUUUACAUAACACAGUUUAUCAAAUCAAGAGACUACAUUUAAUUUUUCUCGUUUAUAAUAGUAUCGUAAGAUAAUAAGUCAAUUCUAAGAUACACCCUGAAACAUGGAUAAUACAUAGAAAAUACAGACAAAUUAAUACCUUUUCUCCUUUUUUGACAAUGACGAGAGCAAGAACUGAAAGAUUGGAAUCGACGAUGCAUCCACGGACAGAUUUACGUUUACGCUCACCAUCACGUCUAGGUCUAUAGCAUGAAUGUCCUUUUGAGAGCAGUAAACGUACGCGCCCUAGAUACAAGAAUUUUUUAGAAAUUAAAAUCAAUGCAUUAUACCAAAUCUAUAAAAUUCGUAAACUCAUAAAGCUGUUACAAAUGAAAUUAAAAUAGGAAAUGCUUGUAUUACCAUUAGUCAGAACACCCUGUUUCAUAGGAAAUCCUUGUUUGUCAUUGCCGCCCGAGAUACGAACGACAUAUCCUUUCCAUUCGUUGCCGAGAGCAUCAGCCUCUACUUCCGCGCCCAUACG